AAAACAAAAACAUGACAAUUUACUCAUUUGUUUCUAAAUAUUAUCAGUUUGAAUAUCUUGAGACCUAUUUAAAUAAUCAGUACUUGCAUUUAAGCAAUACCGACCAGAAAAUUUAGGUUUGAAGACGUCAAGAUUGAAAUGAGGAACUGAUUCACGCAAGUGACGCAGAACUGGACGUGGAACAAAAACAUACUGAGCAGCAGGAACAAAGUAGUUCAGUGAUGGUGUAACAACACGAACCUUAUGUGCAUGAUGGCGUUUUUCUCACUCUUUUUCCUAAUGAUUUCCUUUGCUGUCGUUGCAGAAGGACACCAAAUCAACGACAGUCCUAUAAUAGGUGUCCUUGCUCAGGAAGUGCGAACUCCUACACCGGGGAAAAACACCUACAUUGCAGCCUCCUAUGUCAAGUACUUGGAGUCUGCGGGUGCACGUGUGGUGCCAGUGAUGAUUAAUAAGACUGAAGAAGAAUACACCAAACUCUUCAAAUCUAUAAAUGGAAUCCUUUUUCCUGGUGGAGGUGUCAGCAUUUUUUCAUCUGGUUAUGCCACAGCAGCUGGCAUAUUCUACAAACUUGCCCUGGAGGCAAACUCAAAAGGAGAUUAUUUUCCUGUCUGGGGAACAUGUCUGGGCUAUGAGAAGCUCACACUCCUGACUAGUGGAAAGUCGUUACUGUCCCAUACUAAUACCAGUGGUGUUGCUCUACCACUCAAAUUCACCAAAGAAUCAACGGACAGCCGAAUGUUUAAGGACUUCCCAAAGGACCUGAUGACAUCACUGGCAAAUAAACCACUAACAGAGAACUCUCAUGAGUGGAGUAUCACUACUGAGAAAUUCACUGCAAACAAGAAGCUGAAAAAUUUUUACAAAAUUCUGAGUACAAGCACAGACGGACAAACGGAGUUCGUGUCCACAGUGGAAGCAAAUGAUUUCCCAAUUUAUGGAACCCAAUGGCACCCAGAGAAGAAUGCAUUCGAGUGGACUCGUGAGUACAUCCCCCACUCACCCGCUGCUAUCAGAACCACUUUCUACAUGGCCCAAUUUUUUGUCAGUGAAGCUAGAAAAAGUCUUCAUAAAUUUCCCAGCAAAAAAGAGGAACAGAACGCUUUAAUCUAUAACUACCAACCCACCUACACCGGAACCAAGUCUUUGUUUGUACAGAAAUAUUAUUUUGAUUAGGUGUUUAUCACGUAAGCUAUAGUCAUCCUAAACAUUGUGUAAAAAGAAGAAAGAAGUUAACAUGCUGGUGCUGGUGCUUUAUACCUAUUAUUUCAUUUAUGACUUGAAAUCUGGUUGGGAAAUCUAUGUUUGAGAUAACACACCUCUUGUGCUUGGAAUGAAAACAUCGCAUUUCUAAACCUGAAUGCAAAUACCAUGCUUCCACCUCCUCCCCUUUUCCUCCAAUAUGCUGUAUCGAAGAUUCAUUCAUUCAUUCAUCUUCUACCACUUAUCCGAACUACCUCGGGUCACGGGGAGCCCGUGCCUAUCUCAGGCGUCAUCGGGCAUCAAGGCAGGAUACACCCUGGACGGAGUGCCAACCCAUCGCAGGGCACACACACACUCUCAUUCACUCACGCAAUCAACCUACCAUGCAUGUCUUUGGACCGGGGGAGGAAACCGGAGUACCCGGAGGAAACCCCCGAGGCACGGGGAGAACAUGCAAACUCCACACACACAAGGCAGAGACGGGAAUCGAACCCCCAACCGUGUGAGGCAAACGUGCUAACCACUAAGCCACCGUGCCUUGUAUUGAAGAUUUUACAUUAAAAAUCUUUUCAAAAUG